AGCGAAAAUAUUCACAAAUCCUCCACAACCACCGCGAACGCGACGACAGUGCGACUUUGCUGACCUGCUGCACAAGCAUCGUAUCUCACAUCACAAAGCACACACACAUCACACACAUAUCACCCACACAUCACAAGCAUCGUGUCACACAUCACCCACACAUCACCCACACACACGCAUACAUCACACGCGCACUCUUGAAGGAUGGCUUCGCUGGGGAACUUGUUUAAGCAGCAAGCGGCGAUGGCCACAGCAACAGAAGGCAGUGCGCCCUCGACAACAGCCCCGGCAACCAGUGCAGCUAGCACCACAACAACAACUGCGCCAGCCACGGCAACUACACCAAUGAUGACGACGACGACAGCUGCGCCAGCAGUAGCAACGCCAGCUACAGCAGCAGCUCCAUCAUCCAGCACAAUGGCUAGCACGGGGAUGCCGUUGCCUAUCCCACACAGUAUGACGAGCCCGAAGAAGAAACGGAAGGUUCGCGUCGUGCGCAAGCCCAUGAUCCGCAAGAACAAACGCCUGUUGCAACCAGCCCUCAUCUCCAUGAUGUUUGGGUUUGGCGAUGCCAAGGAGCCAUACGAGCAGACAGUUGACCUAAUGGAGGACAUUGUCACCUCCUACAUCGACGACGUGAUUCAGUAUGCGUUCCGCACGGCGGACCGGGCCGGCAUCACGCCGUUUGAGGCCAUCAUGAUGUUGGUGCGGCGCGACAAGAAGAAGCACGUGCGCAUUGCAGACCUCCUCAUGGCCAAGAAGGACAUCGAGGACCUGCGCCAGGAGCACCAUAAGUCGUAUUCCACAAAGGCAGCCGCCUCGUAGCCACGUGCAAGCGGAUGUUGUGUGUGUGUGUGUGUGUGUGU